AUGUCACAUUACGAAAAUCCUCAUCUCAAUAUAUCUACAACUGAACUGUCACUAAUAAAACGAAUCACAAUUCUGCGCAAUCGCUUCGAAGACUUGCUCUCUGGUAUAGCGAAACUAUUGAUUGGUACUUUAUAUUUUUGGUAUAUCGCACAACACUGCCAUCAUAGGUACAAACAAAAUUUAGUGAAAUCUUGGCUAUUAACAACAUUGAUGGCUUCCACUCAAGAUUUUACCACAGAAAUUCUCCAAGGAAAUGGCGCCUUCGCCAGUAAGAUUUACCAAAUCCUUUCCCGGACACCCGGAAAUGUGUUCUUUUCCCCGUUCAGUCUUCACGUUGUCAUCGCCAUGGCGUACCAAGGAUCAGGAACCGGGACCCUAGAAACCAUCCAAAAAGUGCUUCAAAUUCCUGACCCCUUAAGCACAGCCAAUGGUUACCAAGAAAUAACGCGCAACUUGACUAGAUUAAAAAAAGUAGUUUUACAUACUGCUUUCAAAAUUUACCUCAGAAAAGAACGAGAACUUUUGCCGUCGUUUCAAAACACUGUUAAAGAAUGUUUUCGCUCUGAAGUGGAAGCUUUGGAUUUUGAUCAGAUAAGUGGAAGUGUCAAAGAGAUUAACAAAUGGGUGGCUGAGAAAACACACGGAAAAAUCAAGGAUAUGGUGAACGCCGAAUUGGUAGCUUCGACUACUUUGUUUCUCCUUAAUGCGAUCUACUUUAAAGGAGACUGGGAUGAGACUUUUUCUAAAUCUAAGACUAAGAAAAGAGAUUUUUAUUUGAAUGGUAGUGAUAUGGUGAAGGUGCAAAUGAUGAAAGGUCGAAAAACUGGUAGGGUUGGAACCAACGAUCAGUUAAAGUCUGAAAUUUUGGCUUUGCCGUAUGAAGGCGGACAGGUCUACAUGGUGAUCUUGCUACCAAGAGAGAAAAAUGGGAUUGGAGAUCUGGAAGCUGCACUGUCUGAAAUAGAUCAUAGUAGAAUUCUCAGUGGCUUGCACGCCAAAACGUUGGAUGUGUAUUUACCUAAGUUUAAAUUCGAGACGACCAUGGACAUGGAUGACUAUAUAAAAGAGGUUGGACUUGAAGUGAUUUAUGACCAAGACGAAGCCGAUUUUAAGGGGAUGAUUGAACUCAAAGAGUAUGAGAAUUUGUUCGUAACUAAAAUACUUCAAAAGGCUUGUAUCGAUGUUAAUGAAAAGGGAUCAGAAGCUGCUGCUGCUUCAGUUGUAUCAGUGUCAGUGAAAAUAUCUCACCCACCCCCAAAACCUCGAUUUGAUAAAUUCGUUGUGGACCAUCCUGCCGUUUUUAUGAUUGUUGCCGGAAAAGGUGAAGCAACAAACAUUUUAUUUUAUGGAAGAUUGUCCCAACCCAAAUACUAAUUAAGAAGCAAUUUUAUUAGUGAUAUCUGGCUUUAUUCUGAGUGUUGUUCCAACAGAUGUCACACUAUCUAAAAAAUACUAAUUUUUCGAAUAAAUUGUGUACCUAUGUCUGGAUAAUUUUAGAGUAGUUAUUUUUAGACUGAAGUUUUGUAAACAUUGUGAUGAG